CAAAAACCCACGUGACGUGAUUAGACCUGUGCUUGUAGUCUUUCGUAAGCAGUGCACCGACAUCUAAGCAGACAAAAUGUCUUUUUGCUCUUUUUUUGGAAGAGAGUAUUACAAGGAUCAUUUCAAACCAGGCAUCUACGUCUGUUCCCAGUGUGCGCAUCCUUUGUUUUCAAGCCGAUCUAAAUAUGAACAUUCCUCGCCAUGGCCUGCCUUCACUGAAACACUUAGGGAGGACAGCGUGACGAAACACAUGGAGAGCCUCACGGCCUUCAAGGUUCUGUGUGGCAAGUGUGGAAAUGGACUAGGCCAUGAAUUUGUGAACGAUGGACCAGAGGAAGGUGUUAAUCGCUUCUGAAUAUUCAGCCACUCGCUUAAGUUUGUCCCUAAAGAUAAGGUUGAUGGACAGUAAAGCGAGCCUGACCUCCAAUGCUGCUGUUGUUUGCACAAGCGUUCUUGUCUCUGGAUGGAUACCUCAUGACGUGGACUGGAAAAAGGCCCCAACUUGCCAGCCUGUUCACUGAUGCUUUGUCUUCAUCUGGACAACAGAAACUAAUAGAUCUUUGUUUUACAUCCAUAUCACACAAUUUAUGGAAAUAAGCUCAUUUUACGCUAUCCCCUUGAGUUGAUGAAUUGAGUUGUGUCUUUCUCCUGAAUUUCUUCUCUGGCAGCACAUAUUUUACCUCCAAGCUAGUGUAUCAGAGGUCAUCUGCAUUAGUUUGCCACUCUGGCUCAAAUCCGCAACCUAUCAGUUAGUUCACACUCUAUUUCAGCAUGGGAUGCAUAGCACAAUAGCUAGGUCCAGACUGAUAGCUGAGUGGUAUCAAUACUGUAUGAGGCUUCGGGAGGGAGGUUUACUAAUGCUCUACUGCCAAACUACUAGUUGGCAUCCGUUACACUUGCAUACAGUAUAUAAUGAAAUUGUAGCCGGUAGCGUAGAAUCCUAUGGUACCUACCAGCUACAAUUCCAUUCUUUGCUAGUGCUAUACAAUGAUAAUUGGCAUCUUGAAACUACAGUAGAAGUAACAUCACCAGACCAAAAGAAGGAGGAGAUGCAAUGUAGUUCAAUCAUUUAACUGAAGGGGAGAUGUUAUCAUUUUAAAGAUCCAUUAAUCAUUUUAUUUUCAUACUUUUGCAGAGCAACAUGUUGAACAUGUCAAGAUAAAACCAUGUCGUUCCAGUCAUAUCAUUAAGUUUAAGUUCCGUAUUGUACAUAUUUUAGUAGUGUACAGUUCUGUUAAAGCCAAAGUAAUGGUGUGAAUAGCCUAUUCAUAAAAUAGUCAGGGUUGUCACUAACAAACUCUACACAAUAUUGCACCACAUUCCAUAUGAAUCACAAAUUCUGAAGUGAUCUGUUUUAUUUUAAUGUACCGUAUGUGUGUAUUAUGCAAGAAAUCAGGGAAAUGCUGUGAUUUGCAAAGGACUGAAUGGCUUGAUAAAAUGUGGGUUAGAUCUGUCAUAUCCUGGACGGCGAAACUUUAUACACAAUAAACAAAACAAAUGUACUUGA